AAGUAUUCACGGAUACGUUUUAGUAUAUUUUCCUACCCGGAUAAAAUGCUAGUUUACAUAAGAGUACCCGGGGUACGUUUAACAAGCACCCGAGCCGACUAUGAACAAUCGAGCUUUAAGCAAUAUAGGGAUCACCACAGCAGGUUUCUAAUAAACAGAUUUCAAAAUGUAGUCAUGAAAUAAUCAGAAAAAGCAUGAUCACGAUCGCUAAAUCACUUUUAAAGCGGAAGAGAAAAUUGACUCUUUCGAAAUAGUCACUUCAUUCGAAUGGUCGCCGGAAGAUACAAACUGAUUUAGUGUAAAGUAGCCUUUAACCUCUUGGAAUGUGUCGUCUGCUCCAGGCUUGACAGACUAACACUAUCGAGCAGUCGAGUGACAUUGGCGACCAGCAGACGGCGCAGUUUGGCGCGGGAGAUUCCGGUCUGGAAGUUGGAUACACGGCGGGUCGCGGACUGCUCACCACCACUACAGUCUAACUGGAAUGUGAAAUACAUGCAUGCACACCCAUAAUGACUGCGCAGGGCGGCGGUGCUUCUGGACUUAGAGCAUAUACGCUGACAUUGAAGACGGUGUGCGCAUGUCCGGGGGCGUGUAACGAGGCCGGGCCGCUGAAUCCUUGUACAGGAGGAGGAGGGGGAGGAGGAGGGAUUAGUGGCGGAGUGGUGUUUCUCAUUAUAUUUGCUUGCCUGUUUCUCAUCUACAUAAUUGGCGGUGUUUCAUUCAUGAGAUUCGUUCGCCGCGCCGAGGGGAAGGAACUCUUGCCAAACUACGGAUUUUGGUCCAACCUGCCUGGAUACAUAAAGAGUGGAACGCUAUUCGUCAUUAGUCCAUGUAGGAGGAGAUCUGCGUCGUAUAACUCCAUAUAACAGCAUAAGGCGAGUGAACGCUUGACCGGCACAGGCUAAUCUGGGAAGACACUUUACGCACAUGCAAAACGCUACGUUUUCACAGAACGGUGCCCAUACCAACGGAAGGUUCAUCAAGUGUCAUGUCAUCAAGUGUCUUGUCAUCAAGUGUCGUGUAGAAACAUUCAAUGCGUUUUUCGUUAGUUUAAUGCCUGAUAUGUGAUUGUUUGUAUAUAUUGAACAUUGUUUAUUGAUUAUACAUUUAAAUUACCGGUAUAUAUUUUGUCAAAGAAUCAUUAUACUACUAUUGAAUUCUUCAAAGGGGUAUAUUUAAUGAUGCGAUGAGAACGAUGCUAACUGAUGAUAGCCGAUGAUAACCGAGGAUAAGUGAAGGUUAACGAUGAUACCCGAUAAUAACUGAAGGUAACCGAUGAUAACCGAAGCAAUGGAAGUACUCUUCAGAGGGAGGGGCAUUAUUAUAUUUUUGAUUGCGUUAUUAUUACAACGAGCAAGCAUUUUGUAAUUUGUUAAAUACACUAUAAUAACCACAUACCGGUAAUAGCAGAAUUUUCGAUAAAAUAACCGUUACCAUGGCGAUUCAGUUUUUUUUGCGACUGUCAGAUCUUGUCCAGAUUGUAACUUCAUCAUCGAUGUACAUCUGAAAUAAAAUACUAAAAAGCAUCACUAUUCGAAGACGGUGUUGUCGAGUGCAAUGCAUGUAUGCAUAACUAAAGAGUCAUAAUCACACUUACAGGUCAGUUGUUGAAUACUAGUAUGAAGAUUCAACAGAUGGACCCGACUGUAACUUUCCGAUAAGUCUGGAGAUGUUAAAUGAAUAACUGAAAACAAAAACACUGAAAUAUUUA